AAACAACUUUAAAUCGUUACUGGAAGAUCAUCAGUUCGCAUGGAUCUUAUGGCACAUUUGGAAAGGAAGAAACAAUAAGGUUUUCAGCAAUUUGGAUAUGGAUCCUAGGGAUACUCUUCAACUUGCGGAAACAGAAUCAAAGCUUUGGGUUGAGGCACAAAUAUUACCUACACCGGCGACAGAUCGACAACAACCGAGUCUACCGUCCAUUCCAGGACGCUGGUGUUUUCUGGAUGGGUCUUUGAAGGACAACGAGGUGUUUUCAGGCCAGGGAUGGUAUAGUACCCUUGAAGGUUUUACGGGUUUAAUGAGAGCAAGAAAUAUAAGGGCUUCUCUUUCUCCUUUUCAUUCCGAGGUGGAAGCAUUACUUUGGGCAAUGGAAGAUAUAAAGAUCUUGCAAGAAAACUUUUACAGCUCAGAGAUCAUUCAUGUCCUGCGCAUGCAGAAUUUGAAGGCCGAUAGCUUAGCACGUUGUGCUAGGAAACAAACGUUCUUUGUCAUGCACAUGGAUGCAGAGCUACCAGUUUGGUUUAAAAAAUACAUAUGAGUCUGUAUAAAUCGAUGAAAAAAAAAUCGUUACUGUC